AUGGGCAACCUCUGCGGCAAACCCUCGUCCUCAAAAGACAACAACUUCGCGGGCCCCGGCCGCGUCCUCGGCUCCGCCCCCGCACAACCAUCCAAAGCCUCCGUCCCCGUCACAGCGAGGAAAGUCGGCGGUCCACCGAGGACACUAGGAGGAGAAGGAGGAACGCCGCAAUCAGGAGGACAAGCAAGAGGCGACUCUGAUCCGAGAAGCGCGGCUGCGGCCGCUGCAGAGGCCCGCGCAAAGAAAACACCAACAGGCGACCUGGCGCGCAAGCUCGAUGCGCAGAAACGGCAGACACAUGCGCAGACGCUGCAGUCUGCUGCGGCGGAGAACCUCGCGCAUAGACAAGCCGACGAGGCGUUUGCGGCGCGGAACCAUAAUUGA